GAUAACUUCCUCUUACGCAUACGCCAAUCGCCUAUUUUGGCCCUUCACGGCAGCGGUAGUUCGCUGGUUUGUUUUGACUUUUGACGAAAGGUGUUCUGCCCCGAACGGAGUUAAAGCUCUGGCAUCAUGUCUGACAAAAGCGAGCUGAAGGCAGAGCUUGAAAGGAAGAAGCAGCGUUUGGCACAAAUCCGAGAGGAGAAGAAAAGGAAGGAGGAGGAGCGCAAAAAGAAAGAGGCGGAACUGCUGAAGGAUGCCGCCGUUCACCAUGACGACACUGACUUGGAGAAAAAGAGGCGUGAAGCUGAUGCUCUGCUACAGAGCAUUGGUAUAACAUCAGAUGUCCCUGUUGCACCCCCUCCCAUGUCUCCAACUGCCAAAUCGGCAGACACACCAAGCGAGACCGGGAGCCAGGACUCUGAUGGAGCCGUGGGACCAAGGACUCUGCACUGGGACUCUGACCCGUCCACUCUUCAACUUCACUCUGACUCUGAGCUGGGGUACUGGACACUCUCUUCUCUCCUUUCCUGGCGCGGAACUCCCAAACUGGGAAUGGCCAAAGUCACUCAGGUGGACUUCCCUCCACGAGAGACAGUGUCCUACACCAAAGAGACCCAGACACCUGUCAUGACACAGCAGAAAGAAGAUGAGGAAGAAGAGGAAGAAGCUGCUCCGCCGCAGCCAGUAGCGGAGAUUCAAAUUGAGAAGGCCGACCAAAAAGAGGAGGAGGAAGUAGUUCUUCACGAGUUGACAGAGGAGGAGAAACUCCAGAUUCUGCACUCGGAGGAGUUUGUGAAUUUCUUUGACCACAGCACUCGCAUCAUUGAGAGGGCUUUGUCCGAGCAUGUGGACCUCUUCUUUGACUACAGUGGCCGCGACCUGGAGGAAAAGGAGGGCGAAAUCCAGGCCGGAGCAAAACUUUCGCUCAAUAGACAAUUCACAGACGAGCGCUGGUCCAAGCAUCGUGUUGUCACCUGCCUGGACUGGUCCACCCAGUAUCCUGAACUGCUGGUUGCCUCCUACAACAACAACGUGGACGCCCCUCACGAGCCAGACGGCGUGGCGUUAGUGUGGAACAUGAAGUACAAGAAGACCACACCGGAGUAUGUCUUCCACUGUCAGUCAGCCGUUAUGUCCGCCGCCUUCGCCAAGUUCCACCCAAACGUUGUGGUGGGGGGCACAUACUCAGGCCAAAUUGUUCUGUGGGACAACAGGAGCAAUAAGAGGACCCCGGUGCAGAGGACUCCUCUGUCUGCAGCCGCUCACACGCACCCGGUCUACUGCGUCAACGUGGUUGGAACCCAGAAUGCCAACAACCUGAUCAGCAUCUCAACUGAUGGCAAGAUGUGCUCCUGGAGCCUGGACAUGCUCUCUCAGCCGCAGGACAGCAUGGAGUUGGUGUUCAAGCAGUCCAAAGCCGUAGCUGUCACCUCCAUGUCCUUCCCUCUCGGAGACGUCAACAAUUUCGUGGUGGGCAGCGAGGACGGCUCCGUCUACAUGUCGUGCCGCCACGGAAGCAAAGCGGGCAUCAGUGAGAUGUUCGAGGGCCACCACGGGCCCAUCACGGGCAUCCACUGCCACACAGCCACCGGGCCGCUGGACUUCUCCCACCUCUUUGUGACCUCCUCUUUCGACUGGACGGUGAAACUGUGGAGCACCAAGAACAACAAGCCGCUCUACUCGUUCGAGGAUAACUCGGACUACGUGUACGACGUCAUGUGGUCUCCGACUCACCCGGCUGUGUUUGCCUGCGUGGACGGUGUGGGCCACCUCGAUCUGUGGAACCUCAACAACGACACCGAGGUCCCGACAGCCAGUGUGACCGUGGACGGGAACCCGGCCCUCAACAGGAUCCGAUGGGCUCAUUCUGGAAGGGAAAUCGCGGUGGGAGACUCGGAUGGACAAGUCCUGGUCUAUGAAGUUGGAGAGCAAAUCGCCGUUCCCCGCAACGACGAGUGGAGCCGUUUCGUCCGCACGCUGGCAGAGAUCAACGAGAACCAAGACGACGCAGAGGAGCUGGCCGCUCAACGCCUGGCCGCCUGAAGCGGCGGUCCGGCCGCCGUGCUUUUAGGGGCCACCGGUGGGCUCGCACACGUGACGCCCGCGCAGAAGAGGACAGCUUUCUCCUGCAGUGAUCACGUAGGACCUCUUUUUUGAGGACACUCAAACCAGAUGCCUUAAACGUCGUUCUACUCAUCUUUAUUUUAGGCAUGUCGAGAUACGCCUUAAAUAUGAGUUCCUCAAGCCAAAUAUGCUUUUGUUUGUUUUUAAUUCACCCUCCAUCUCCCUGAAGCAAUCACAUCUGGAAUGUAAGCAUCCAUGGAUGUCCACAUGUCUUCAUGUCUUCAUGUCUUCAUGCAUAAGAUGAUCUUCCAUGCUGUAAACACUCCCUGAAUCAAAGAUCUAGAAAGUAAGUUGAUAAAAAUGUCUCAUCACUGAC